GGGAUGUGCGUCCGGGUUGGGUCGGCCGCAGCGAGCGGUUUCCUCUCGCCUUCCCUCCUUCCCCACUUCCCUGCCUCCCUCCCUCCCUCGCCGUCGCUGAGGUGGAGCCGCCGCCGUGCCCGCUGACGGAGCGCCGCCCGCCACGCUCCUGCCAGGCGUUGCUUGAACCUAUGAACAUAGGUAUUUACUUUGUUUGCAGAAUCGAUAUUUUUCUGAAUAAGCCAAAGAGUCACUCGGGGCUGCAAAGAUGUUGGAAGAAGACAUGGAGGUGGCCAUCAAGGUGGUGGUGGUAGGAAAUGGAGCUGUUGGAAAGUCCAGUAUGAUUCAGCGAUAUUGCAAGGGGAUUUUUACAAAAGACUACAAGAAAACUAUUGGUGUAGAUUUCCUGGAAAGACAAAUCCAAGUGAAUGAUGAAGAUGUCAGGCUAAUGUUGUGGGACACGGCAGGUCAAGAAGAAUUUGAUGCGAUAACUAAGGCCUACUAUAGAGGAGCCCAGGCUUGUGUUCUUGUAUUUUCUACAACUGACAGAGACUCCUUCAAAGCAAUCCCUACCUGGAAGGAAAAAGUUGUGUCCGAAGUUGGAGACAUUCCCACAGUUCUUGUGCAGAAUAAGAUCGAUCUUCUUGAUGACUCUUGCAUAAAGAAUGAGGAGGCAGAAGCAUUGGCAAAAAAGCUGAAGUUAAGGUUCUACCGAGUGUCUGUGAAGGAAGACUUAAACGUAACGGAAGUUUUUAAAUAUUUGGCUGAUAAAUAUCUCCAAAGGCUUAAGCAACAAACAGCUGAAGAUCCAGAACUAGUACAUACAAGCAGUAACAAGAUUGGGGUUUUUAAUACAGCUGGUGGAAGUCACUCCAACCAAAAUUCUAGCACUCUUAACGGUGGAGAUGUCAUCAACCUUAGACCAAACAAACAGAGGACCAAGAAAAACAGAAAUCUCUUUAGCAACUGCAGCAUACCUUAGACCACUUCUGGACGAAAAAAAAAAGCAACCCAGUGACUUGAAGUUGUGCGAUUGAAUCCAGAAUAAAGCCAGCUGUAGAGGUAUUUUCACCAGUGCUUUAGCAAAUAUUGUGCCUCUGAGAUCCUUGAUAGAGGGCGGAUUUCCAUCAGCUUGCUGAUGCAGCGGGUUUUGGUGCAUGGUGUGAGACACCUGGUGGCAAAGCACACAACUCUGCCUGCCCCCAUGCACUUGGUCCAAAUGAGGCAAGCUGCUCCUUUCUUCAAGGAAUUCUUCCCAGAGCUAUGAACCAAGUAUUGCUGAAUCGCAGAGCACAUUUAACCUAAGGGUAGUACUUACAAGUGUAGGUACAGACCGUAACACUAUGGCCCAAGGUAAAGUAGCAGCCUUGCAACUAAAGCACACAGAAACUCAGAAUCGGUCAGUCAGGACACACACAAGAGACGUGAAGAGCAAAAAGAAGACACUACAUUUUAUGGCUGACUAUAUUAGUAGAAGUUCUGGCAGUUGUGUCGGUGCAAUAUACUUGUAUUAUAUAUAUGAGUGCUAAGGUACGUAUGUAAACAUUUGGUAUAAGUAUUUAGGUUAAAUUCCAGUGUGUACUUUACUGGGAGAUCAGCUAAUGAUCAUAAAUAGCAUCUUCCAGAAAAUACAUUUCCUUUAAAAAUGUGUGUCAGGUGAGGCUUUCCCAGCCGCCACCGUGUACAUUUCACGUGCUCUACUUUAGGCCUGAAAGUAUAGAUUAUAAAAUGUAUGGUGCCAAAAAGCUCCUUUUUACCUAACGCUGCGCUAUGAAUGUUUAGUUUGUUUUUCUCAGUCUUAACACGUUGAACAAAUAACAGAGUCUUUGACACUAAUAGCUAUUCAGAAGGAACAUACAGUCAUAUUCCUGCUCAAAUUUGCUCGUUGCAUCCUGUGUUGUCUGUGAAGAAGAAACUUGCAAAGUAGUGUCACAAAAUCAUCUUUGGAAAAAAAUUGUCUUAGAUACCAGCAACUUAAGUUACGGAGGAUCCAAAAAAAAUGCAGCUAGUGACUAAAUGACAUGAAUGAGACAUUCUUGAAUGUUGUCUCAGGUUCCAGGUUAGCUGCUGGCUACAAAAAAAUCUGAUUCUGCAAGAUCAGAGACAACAAUUUAAAAUGCUUGAAAUAAUUUUACAAAAUUUAGAUAUUUAAGAGCCUGGGUCUAAAUUAUGUUGGACUUAGGCUCCUAAAUCACUAAGGUGCUUUUAAAAAUGCUAAGCAAGCUAUUUUUUAUUUACCAAAAAUAAACACUUUUUAAUCCUC